AUGGUCGCAGAAGAUCCAAGUCCACCCACCUGCGUGCCCAAAAUUGAGGUAAACGCCGACGUCGACCGUCUGGCAAUACGUCCCCCUAACCCUUUCCAUCCAGGGGAUGAUUUCUCCACCUGGGAAUGCCUGACUCGGUGUUUUCUCCGCGGAGUAUCCCCCAGGAAUGCCAGUUCUUAUUUAAUCUCCCUACUGGACGACGCGGCUCUGCGCCAGUUGAUGACCACGGGAGUCCGACUGGAUGCGCCUCCGGACAAUCUUUUCACAGAACUUAAACGGUUGUUCGAUCGUCAACAGCCCCCGGCGUUGGCGCUAGAGGUGUUUUGGGGUCGGCGUCAGCAGGCCUCAGAAUCUGCCGAUACCUACGUC